UGUUAGGGCACGCGCGGUCGCAAUCUGGCACCACCUGAUUGAUCGUUGGGUUUGCUUUUACCCCUUUCUUGGCAGCCCAAGAGGUGGAUAAAAGAAGGGGAAUCUAGUCAAAUCUAUAUAUUUUAUGCUACAAACUACUGGAAAGGAGUUGGCAAAUGGGCGAAUUUUGUUUUUUGUGGAUCGUAUCCUUGGUUGGAUUUGGCGAUUUUAGGAUCUUGGGGCCGGGUGUUGAGAAUUAGGGUUAGGCGUUUUGAGCCCGAUGAUAAUUAGGGUUUCAUUUACUGCAACUUGGGUUACGUUGGUGAUGGUUCUAGUAGCAGAUCACGAUGUAUCCUUGUCGUCACGGAAUGAAUGCUUGGCAAUGUCAUGAAGCCCUAUGUGUUUGGCGUUCGGUUAUGGGACAUUUGUUGCAAUCAGCAACUUGAAAGUUUCAUUUUGCAGCUGAAACUGAUAUAUCUGGAGCAUUAUUUGUUUAGAAUAUUAGUCUCUCAUCAAGAGGUAGAUUGAUAUUACAUAAUUACGAAGGUACGGAGCUUUGGGGUUUGAAGGGAUUAGACCCGUGAUACAUUGUAUAACUAGGAACUUUUUAUGGCAUUCGUAUCGACAGAAGGGAGUUAUGUCGGUGCUCUCUUUAUCAGAAAUUCAGUACAUUGGUGAUCAAAGUCUACGAUCUAAGCCAACAGAAGACAUGGUAGAAGAACCUACAUUUCCACAUGCAGAUCGCCAGCAGCCAAGGCCGGUAGAGAACCUAUUGCUUGCAACUUGUGACAGAAAGCAAACUGCACUGAACAUUGAUUUUGCUCAACGAGGAGAUGAUGCUGAGCAAAUACACACAGAAAAAGAUGGCAGUUUUAAAAAUGUUACAGCCUCUCUCCACAGUCAGACAAUAACUCUUUUGGAUGGCAUGCAUGCUGAUCACUUGCAAGAAGGGAGGGCUGAUGUAGAACUAACGAAUCACCAUAAAGAAAGCACUGACUGCUCAGCUGCUAAAAUCCACCUUGCUGGAGUUAAGCUAUCAAACAACAACUUAUUGGAAGAAGAUUCUUUUUGUAUUGAAGAUUGCAAUAACGUAUUUUCUACAGUAGAAUUGCAUUCCUUGUCAAAUGCUUAUUGUUUGGGAGAGGUCACUUACUCUAAACAAGAACAACGAGCAAAAUUAACGGCUGGAUUAAACUCAACUGGUCGCAUUCCUUUAAAGGACGUCCAGAGGGAAAGAAUAGAUGGUUCUGGACUAGAUGAAUCUUGUAACCUGGGUUUUGUAGAGACUGAUAUUUCAUAUACUGAUGGUGACAACAAAGACCAUGCUUGUGUUAUUAGUGAGCUAACAAGUCUUGCAAGUAGCAAUGAUUCUGAGGCACACAAUGUUCCUACUGAGGGGCAUGGAAAUAAUAUUUUGUCAUCCACUGGCAGUGACCAAUUAAUGGAGAAGAUGGAGUUGAAUGUGCAAAAUGGAGAUCAAGAGGGAGAAUUAGGUACUCAGGUGAACAACUAUUACAACUAUCUUGAACAGGAUCAUGCUGUAGCACUCUGGGUAAAGUGGAGAGGUAAGUGGCAAACAGGAAUUCGGUGUCCUAGGGCUGAUUGUUCACUGUCAGCUUUAAGGGCAAAGCCUACACAUGAGAGAAAGAGGUACAUUCCAGUCUUUUUUCCUCGUACAAGGACAUAUUGUUGGGCGGAUAUGCUACUUGUUCGCUCGAUUGAUGAAUUACCAGAACCACUUGUUCGAGGAUCCCAUCGUAGAUGGAGAAAACUGGUGAAGGAUCUGACUCUUCCGCAUUGGCAUAUUAUGCAAAAACUUGCUGUUGCAAUGUUAAAUAUUGGUGAUCAGCUACACACCGAGGCUGUAAUUGAGAAUGCCCGUAAAGCUACGGCAUGGAAGGAGUUUGCUAUGGAAGCUUCUCAGUGUAGGGACUAUGCUGAUCUUGGAAGAAUGCUAUUAAAGCUUGAAACUAUGAUUCUUCCUCAUUAUGUGAAUCGUGCUUGGCUUGUUGAUUCUUAUGGUUCCUGGAAAAGCAAAUGCCAGAAUGCACAAAGUGCUGAGUCCAUUGAAAUACUUACAGAGGAAUUGAUGGAUUCAGUACUUUGGAUGAAAGUCAAUGAGCUGUGGAGUGCACCUAUGCAGCCUGAGUUAAGUCUUGAGUGGAAAACUUGGAAACAAGAAGCCAUGAAAUACUUCUUUUCUUCAUAUCCAACUGCUACCGUUGGAGAUAUGGGUCCCAAUAAUGUGACAAAUUCUUUGGUUGUGGAUUUUGAAACCAGUAGGAAGCGCCCCAAACUUGAAGUCCUCCAUGCAGAAACUUACAUUUCCCAAAUGGAAUCUCCCACAUGUAAGGAAUUUUCCCAGGUCAACAUGGUAGAGGCUGAUUUAAGACAUUUUAAUUGCCAAGAAGUUCCAGAAUCUGCACCAUGUCAGCCAUGUAAGGUGGAAAAUCUCUCCAUGAUGUCCAGGGCAUCGGAAUCUCAUACCCUGGCCAGUCCAUGCAAUCAAUUUGUAGAUGAAUGUAAAGAUACAAAGGUAAUUCAGAUCCCUCAAGUGGGUACUGAGACGAGGAUGGAAAGAGGAAAGGCGGUCUUACUAAAUGAUCAAAGUGAAUCAAAUGCUCCAAAAAAAUACCGACAAUGUUUAGCUUUUGUACCAUCGAAAGGACGACAAUGUGGAAGGUGGGCAAAUGAUGGUGACAUUUACUGUUGUGUGCACUUGAAUGCUCAUUAUGCUGUAAAGUUUUCCCAUGAAGGGCAAAAGAAAAUUCCAGUUGAAGCCCAGAUGUGUGAGGGUACGACUACUCAUGGCAGAAAAUGUAAGCAUCGUGCUCGACUUGGAUCCACCUUCUGCAAGAAACAUCAGUUUCUGAGAAGUCAUGAGACAAUGUAUAGUGACGAUCAUUCCUCAGGAAACACUGUUAACAGAAAUCGUAUUGAAAAUCUAGUCUUGGAAAGCUUUUCUAGCUCAAACAUUGUUCAUGAUGGGCAUGUGUCACCAAAAGAAAUUCAGGCAACACAUGAGAACUUGGUUCCAGUUGUGGUUGGUGUAACAUUGGAUGAAAGGAAUUGUUUGAUGAAGAAAUCUGAGCUUUAUAAUGCGCUGCCUGCAAUAUUACCACGUUGCAUUGGGAACUAUCUUCAAAACAAUGGUGAUCAAUGUCUAGAGUAUGCUAAGAGGCACUCCUUGUACUGCGACAAGCACCUUCCAAAAUUUCUUAAACGUGCAAGAAAUGGUAAGAGUCGGCUGGUGUCAAAAGAUAUAUUUUUGAAUCUCCUUAAGAAGUGUAACUCUAGGGAAGAAAAAUUGUGUUUACAUCAGGCAUGCGAGCUUCUCUAUGGAUUCAUGAGAAAUGGCCUAUCCCGCCAAAGGCCGGUUUCAAGAGGGGACAUGAUGUCAUGGAUAUUAUCCGAAGCCACCAAAGAUCAAUCUUUAGGAGAAUGCUUAUUGAAGCUGGUUUCAAGUGAAAGGGAGAAACUUUCAAAUAUAUGGGGCUUCAAUACAGAAAAGGACAGGCAAAUUUCACCCUCUGAAACCAAUAUAAUGUUAAUGCCUAUGGUAAACAACAAAGACAAGUACACCGAACCUGGUGUCAAGUGUAAAAUCUGUGCUGAGGUGUUUGCUUCUGAUCAUAAGCUUGGUAUGCAUUGGAGAGAAGUCCACAAAAAGGAAGCUCGAUGGCUUUUUAGAGGAUAUGCUUGUGCUGUUUGCAUGACUUCAUUUAUCAAUAGAAAAGUCCUAGAAACACAUGUUAAGGAGAGACAUGGAGUCCAAUUUAUUGAACAUUCAAUAAUCUUUAGAUGUAUAUCUUGCAAUAGUCACUUUGUCAGUUCUGAGCAAUUAUGGCAACACAUUUUGUCAUCCCAUGCGAUGGAUUUUAGGAUACCAGACCUUAGGCCACAGUCCCUGGAUCAGUCUGUUCAGCCAAAAAUAGAGAUAGACAAUAAACUCUCCUCUAUUUCUGAGAAGCAGGAUGGUACACAAAAAGUCACCUGUAGAUUGUGUGGUUUGAGAUUUGAUCAUCUUCCAGAUCUUGGUCGUCACCACCAAGUUGCUCAUAUGAAUCCAAAUUCUAUCAGCCAGUUUUCUUCAAAGAGAGGAAGCUAUCAUCUCAAACAUGAUAGGCAUUACUAUCCAAGAUUGAAGAAAAAUCUUGAUGCGGCAUACAGAUUUAAGAAUCGUGUUAGUUUUGACAUAUCAAAGCAUAUCACAUCUUCUCACUCAGUGCACUCUGUUAAAGAAGUGCAAACCCAGGCAUCUGAAUCAUUAAGUCUCGGGCGGCUGUUAGAUAUCCAUUGCUCAGGAGUUGCAGAGACAUUGUUUUCUGAGAUCCAGAAAACAAAACCUCGUCCAAGCAGCCUUGAGAUACUUUCUAUUGCACGUUCCGCGUGCUGCAGGACUAGUUUUAAUGCUGCACUAGAGGUGAAAUAUGGGAUCCUGCAAGAAAAUCUUUAUUUGACGGCACUGAAGCUUUGCAGUGAGCUGAAUAUUGAAGUAGGCUGGCACCUAGAAGGGUUCAUCUGUCCGAAAGGAUGCAGUCCUUCAACAAAAACAUGUUCUUUAUCUCCUCUACAUGCUCUCAAACAUGGGCUUGCAGAAAAUCCUGCACAUGUGAUGGAUUCUUUUAGCAAUGCAAUCUGGGAGAUGGAUGAGAGCCACUAUAUACUCAACCUAGAACAUCUUUACUUCAAAUCUAAGCCAAACGGCAUUAUUUUGUGUGAAGACGUGAGUUUUGGCAGAGAAUCAGUUCCAGUUGCAUGUGUAGUUGACGAGCAUCUGAAGGAGUGUUUCCUUGUAACAUCUCAUGAAGCGUCGGAUGAUCAGGAACAUCAUAUUUGGAUGCCUUGGAAAGCAUUCAAUUAUGUGACAAAACGGUUGAUAGGGCCAUCACUUUCUCAAGAGGCUAAGGAUCAACAGUUGGGUUGUAAAUGUCCAAGCUCAGUUUGUAAUCCUGAAAAUUGUGAUCAUGUGUACCUUUUCGAUGAUGAUCACGUGAAUGCUAAGGAUGUCAAUGGCAAUUCAAUGCACAGUAGAUUUGCUUAUGAUGAGAAAGGCCGAAUAGUCUUGGAGGAAGGUCACUUGGUAUAUGAAUGCAACUCCAUGUGCAAGUGUGAUGCAACAUGUCCCAACAGAGUUUUGCAGAAAGGAAUUCAAGUUAAGCUGGAGAUUUUCAGAACAGAAAAGAAGGGUUGGGCAGUCAGAGCAGGAGAAGCUAUUUCACGUGGCAGUUUUGUGUGUGAGUACAUUGGAGAGGUCUUGAAUGAUCACGAGGCCAGCAGAUGGGGGGAGAGGUAUGACUCUCAUGGAUGUAGUUAUUUGUAUGACAUUGAUGCCCAUAUUGAUUGUGCCCAAGGUUUGACCGAAGGGACGGUGCCAUAUGUGAUUGAUGCCACUAAACAUGGGAAUGUUUCACGAUUUAUUAAUCACAGCUGUUCGCCCAACCUCAUGAAUUAUCUAGUGUUAGUGGACAACAUGGACUGCCAGCUUGCUCGUGUUGGUCUAUACGCAAGUCGAGAUAUCGCCAUAGGGGAAGAACUGGCAUAUGACUACCGUUCCAAGCUUGUACCUGGAGAGGGUCACCCUUGCCAUUGUGGGGCUUCCAACUGUCGAGGCCGCUUGUAUUGAGUUGUUUUUUCUUUAUGAAUCAUUUAAUUGAAGUAUUUUAUGUGUCCCAUUGUUUGGGCGUGCUAAAUAUCACACCCUUCACAGUGGAGAAUUCAUGAUUCUUUUCGAGAUUGCAAACUGGACAGAUCAUUAGGGGCACCCGCAUCGUCGGACUGGUCAGUCAUCUGCGAUGCUGAAAUGCCGACAUUUGCACACGAAGGUAUGCUGUCUUGCUCGAGGCCCAGGUUACUUGUCACAUGUACAAAUUUGUUUUUCCUCGGCAGUGGAUCUACGAGGUUGUUGGGUGUCAUCUCUAACUAGGUUGACUACUACUGACUUGUAUCAUACGUCCAUUCAAGUUCCUGCUGUAUGAGAAUAUUCUGAAAAAAGGUUAUUGAAAAUUUUAUUUUUCUCAA